AUGAGCGAUUUGCCGUCUAGUCGCGUUUCGCCUGCUCCUGCGUUUUUGCGCUGUGGAGUGGAUUACGCAGGUCCUUUUCAAAUUAAAGCAAAUAAGGGUCGAGGCUCUAGGUCAUUCAAGGCAUAUAUAGCUCUAUUUGUUUGUUUUACGACAAGAGCUAUUCACCUAGAAUUAGUGACUGAUCUUUCAGCAGAUGCUUUUAUUGCAGCUCUUAAGAGGUUCAUUUCCCGCAGAGGCAAAAGCAGUGAUAUAUAUAGCGAUUGUGGUUCCAAUUUUGUUGGAGCAAAACGCAAACUGAUGGAAUUUGAAAGGCUUGCUAGGUCUGCAACUUAUAACCAAAAUGUUAGCAGAUAUUUGGUUGAUAAUGGCAUUAAAUGGCAUCUAAACGUUCCAGGUGCGCCACAUAUGGGUGGACUCUGGGAAGCUGGCAUAAAAUCAACAAAAUACCAUUUAAAACGAGUAGUUGGUGAGGCGAGAUUGACAUAUGAAGAAUUUGAAACAUUUCUCACACAAAUAGAAGCUUGUCUUAAUUCGCGACCUUUAACAAGUUUGUCUAAUGAUCCAAAUGACUUGUCAGCAUUAACGCCUGGUCAUUUUCUUAUUGCCUGUUUCAACUUCCGUGUCACGGUUGCAGUUUAA